AUGCUUUUUGUAAGGUGGAUAGCAGCAAACUACUUUGAGGUAGUCAGGGAGAAUGGCCCAUCAGCCAAUAAAGCAGCAGAAUACCAGAAAGAGGAGUGGGAGUGCUACCUGGCAACAAGGGGCCUUGAUAGGGCACUGGUUGCAGACAACAGGAUUCAGAGCAGAAUUGGGCUGGGAGCCCUGAAGAAGGGGACGAAGCUGAUUCAGAACCAGAACAGCGGGAUGCUGAAGCUCGAUGCUGAUUUGUCACUGGUGAUUGAGAUGGACGGAGACUGGCUCGUGAUCAGUCGAAUGGAGCCAAACAAGAGGAGUCAGCGGUGUGAGAUCAGGCGAGACAGGGACGACCUGGUUUCAAUCAGGUACGGAAACAGGUGCAUGACGUACAGUGGUGCAACAAGCAGGGUGUCACUGGAGCACUGCAUUGUUGGGGCGGAUGAGCAGCUCUUUCGUGAGAUUUAUUCGGUGAAGAUGUUCAGGCUGUUUUCGUACGACAUGAAGAAGAGCGUAGGGGAGUUAGUGGUUGGGAAGAAGAUGGAGAUUGUGGAUCCAAUGAGAAGGAGGAGUGGGACAUUCCACUACAACAGGAGCGAGGGGCAGCUGGGGUCUGGGGAGCACCAGAGACGCGUGAUCGAGGCCAAUGCGGAUGAGGUGGUGGCUGCCCUGAAGAACGAGAGCAGGGAGCAGCAGUUUGUGGUCGACUACUUUGGGGUUGAUCAGAUGGUGAUCAGGUACAAGGGAGACUGUGCCACCUGGGACUACGAGAAAGGGGUGAUUGAAAUGAGGCCAUGUGACAACUCGGUUGAUCAGCUGUUCAGGAAGAAGCAUUAG